AUGGCCACCUCAUCGUCCUUGACCUCGCUGCCGCCGGACCCGACGCCGAUCUGCUCCUUCCCGACCUCCGACACGCUCUUCGACUGCGCCUGGUCCGAGUCCCACGACUCCCUCUACGCCGCCGCCUCCGGGGACGGCUUCAUGCGCCUCUUCGACGCUGCGCGGCUCCCACCGCCACAGAACCCCGUGCGCCUCCUCCGCGAGCAUGCGCGGGAGGUGCACGGCCUCGACUGGAACCCCAACGCCGGCCGCCCCAACGCCGGCUGCCCCGUGCGCCACCAACGCCGCCGGCCCCAACGUACUGUGUACUGA